AUGGCGGGUUCAAUGCACUUGUCGCGACUUCGGAAAUGGUUCCUUGCCUCCCCGCCGAUUGAGCUUGCCAUAUCGAACCUCAAGGAGCUCCUGGUUGGCGCACUUCGCCAGGGCCCGAUCCCCCAACAUGUGGCGUUCGUGAUGGAUGGGAACCGCCGAUUCGCCCGAUCGCAUGGAAUUGAGACGGUAGAAGGACAUAAUCUUGGUUUCGAAGCACUGGCCAGGAUUCUAGAGGUCUGUUACAAGAGCGGAGUCAAGGUCGUCACCAUCUACGCCUUCAGCAUUGAGAAUUUUAAGCGUUCAAAAUUCGAGGUGGAUGCCCUGAUGGAUAUGGCCAAGGUGAAACUGUCACAAAUGGCCCAACACGGAGACCUAUUGGACCGGUAUGGUGCUAGGGUGCGCGUCCUUGGCCGACUCGAUCUCCUCAAGCCCGAUGUCCUAGCCGCCGUCAACAAAGCUGUCGAUGCUACCAGCCGCAACGGCGACCGUGUGCUGAACAUUUGCUUCCCUUACACCUCUCGCGAUGAGAUCACCGGUGCUAUCCGCGACACCGUGGAAGACUACAGUACCCCAAUUGGAACAAACGGUGUCCCUCGCACCCCCUUCUCCGAAUCCCAUAUCAGACAUAAUAUACGGGCCCAAUCGCAGGGACCCAGACCUCAAGACUCGCAAAGUGACUCUGGGUCUACAUCGGCGGAGUCUUCUGCUCAGGAGGACGAUUCGAUUCUGGGGAAUGAUCGUACCAACCGAGUCUAUGAGUCUGGCUCCUCAUUCUCGUCCUCCACUACUCUUCAUCUUGACAAGAAUGGUACCCUUGGAAAUGGAAAUAUAUCUCAUGGCGAUAAGCCAAAUUUCAUGUCGCCCGAAACUAUCACGCGCCAAACCCUGAACGAUCAUAUGUUGACCAAGGGUAACCCGCCCUUGGAUCUCCUUGUGCGAACAUCAGCUGUGGAGCGGUUGAGCGACUUUAUGCUCUGGCAGUGUCAGGAGAGCACUGAAAUUGUUUUCUUGGACGUUUUGUGGCCAGAAUUUGAUCUGUGGCAUUUCUUGCCAGUGUUGCUUGGGUGGCAGCGCCGCAUAUCCAAGGCACGAAAGAAUCCAGAUGCCGAGGGGAACUUUGCUGGUGAUCACACAGAAUCCAGCGAAGAGGAUCUAGACACCCUGAUAUUGCGACAGAGCAAGGUGAAAGCUGUUUAG